AUGAGCGAAACUUGGGUAGAGGGGAAGGAUUGGGAAGGGAUAAAGAGAAAGUUACCGAAAGGAUAUAAGUGGGAGAUACAGGAGGCUAAAAGAGAUCACUUAAAGGGUAGGAGUUCUGGGGGGAUGAUCUCAGGGGUAAAGGACAACAUAAAGGAGAUAAGUGGAGAUGAAUGGAUGGGACAAGAUAGUAUGGUUAGGAAAAUCAGAAUAGGAAAGCAAAAUUUAAACGUGGUUGGGAUAUAUAGAAGAAGGGGGGACAAUAAGGGUUGGAGAAUAGUGGAGGAAUGGAUAGAGAAAAGUAAAGAGGAGUUAACAAUAAUAGGGGGUGACUUUAAUGCAUGGACGGGAGAAUUAGGUGGGGGAUGUUGGAAUGGGGAGAAGGAAAGGUAUCAAAGGAAUUCAAAACAUAAGGAAGUGGACAAAGAAGGAAGAAAAAUGUUAGGUAUAAUAGGGGAAGGAGGGUGGUCUAUUUGUAAUGGGUGUACGAGGAGGGAUAUGGAUGGGGAAAUAACAUUUGUAGGAAGAGGUCAGACCGUGAUUGACUAUGUUAUAGCGGACGAAAAAACUAAAGAAGUGAUAAGUAAGUUGCAAGUAGGAAACGAAUCGGACUCAGGACACUUCCCACUGAUAGUAGAAAUUGAAGGGCGGAAGAAAAGAAUGGAAAAAACAGGGCGGAGAAUAACCAAGAAAGAUAAAAUGGGAAAAUGGGACGAACAGAGAUUGAUGGAGUUUGAAAAGAGACUUAAAGAGAAGAAGCACGAGUUACAGGAGAAAGAAGGAGUAAACUAUCGAUGGGAAAGGUUGAAAAGGAUAAUUGGGGAAGUGAAGAAGGAAAUGGAAAAUGAAGAAGAGGGAAAAGCAGGAAGCAGAAGGGGGUGGUGGGAUAGAGAAUGCGAAAAGAGUAGGGAAAAGCUAAGAGAGGAUAUAAAGAAAUGGAGAAGAGGUAAAAUGGAGAAAAAAGAGUACAACCGAAGGCAUAAGAAACACGGAAAAUUGAUCAGAAGGAAAAGAGAGGAAGGAAGAGAGAGAUUCCUAAAGGAGGUGGAGAAGGCAAUAGAAGAGGGGAAGGAAUGGGAGGUGAUUAAUAGAGAAAGGAAAAGGGGAAAAGAGAUUAAUAGGGACAUCAGGAUGGAGGAUUGGACGAAUUACUUUAAAGGAUUAAGCGGAGGAAUGGAGCGUAAAAUAAGAGGAGAGGGGAGAAGAAGAGAUGUAGAAGUGGAGCAGUCAGAAGUAAGCAGGGAGGAAAUAAAUGAGGCGAUUAAAAGAUUGAAAAGGGGUAAGGCGGCGGGGGAAGAUGGAAUGGAGGGAGAGAGUUUAAAAUACGGGGGAGAAAUGGUGAGGGAAGAGAUGUGGAGGAUAGUGAACUUGGUGUGGAAGGGGGAAGGAUGGCCGGAAACGUGGAAAACGGGAUUGAUAGCACCGAUUAUGAAAAAGGGAGAUGGAAGAAGGGUGGAGGACUAUAGGGGGGUGACGUUGAUGCCAGUUGGUUAUAAGGUGUAUGCGGAAGUCAUAAGAAGGAGGUUGGAGGAGAAAGUAGAGGAGCUGGGCUGCAUACCGCACAACCAAACUGGCUUCAGAAGGGAAAUGGGGACGAUGGACAAUAUAUUUGUCCUGAAUUAUUUAGUGAAUAGGAAUUUGGGGAGGGUUAACGGAAAAAUGGUGACAACGUUUGGUUGGGUAGAGGGUUGA